CAUAUCAAGCCAUACAUCAGCAGCUCACUGACGGAGGUCUGGGUGGAGGACCCAUACAUAAGACACACCCACCAGCUCUACAGCUUUGUUCGGUUCUGCGAGAUGCUGCUCAAAGCGCUAUGCAAGGUGAAGAGCAUCCAUCUCCUCACCUCACUGGAUGAACAGGACAGCAGCCAACAGACAAGAGCUUUGGCUGAGCUCAAAGAGAGUCUCAGCGCUCACGGGAUGGAUCUGGAUGUGCAGUACUCCUCCACCAUCCACGACAGGGAGAUCAGGUUUGACAAUGGUUGGAUCAUAAAGAUAGGAAGAGGAUUGGAUUACUUCAAGAGACCUCAGGGCCGCUUCUCUGUUGGAUAUUUUGACUAUGACCUCAGACAGUGCCAUGAGACCACUGUCGCUUUUCACACUGAACACACUAAAACACCAUGAUAUUCCUCAAGCUGGACUUUCUGUUAUUCUAUCUCAAGGGACUUCAUCCAUUUUCCUGCCUUUAAUACACACACAUACUCAUCGGCUUAACUGAUGGAUAUAUGCCUUCAUGUAAACUAUAGUGAUCAGCAUCAUAUUACAUUAUGCAUCUCGGCGCUGAUAAAUAUUAACUAUCGACUAACUAUGUGAUGGAAUAUUUUAUAUUACUUCUCUGGAUUCAUCUUAAUCACUUUUCAGGCGUGUUUUUGAGGGUGUCAUACCGCCACCUAGUGGAAAUGUUUC